CGCAAGCAUUUCGACGACGACGACGACGAUGGAGGGUCGGGGUAACGAGUCUCGAGGAAGCUCCUCGCGGCUCACCCUCGACGACCUCGAGCGCAUAGAGGCAGCACAGCAGCAGCGGAGCAACGAAGCCUUCGACGACUACAGGCGGCUAGCAUCCGGGCUCAGGGAGGCAGCAAAAGAGAAAGAAGAGCUUUACAGCAAGGUCGUCAGCUCAUCGAAAAGAGCAGAGCAGGCUACCGCUCAAGAAGCCAUAGCCACCACCAAGCUCAGCAACGCCCAGCAGUCUCUUUCCUCCGUUCGCGCAGAAGUUGAAGCGCUUCGAGCGCGCAACAAAGAGCUAGAAGCGCACCUCUGCAGCGUCAAGGCCGAGCACGAGAAGGAGCGUGAGACAUGGAAGCGCUUCAGGGAGUGGUGGAACGGUACACUGGCCGCCAAUGAGGCAAAGGCAUCGUCCUCGGGCAAGAAACCGCGAAUCGACGAUCGAGGCAAAGCCCUGUUGCACGAGGUGGGCCUGGCUACACCUCGGCAGCGAGCAGACCAGGACGACGGCAGCAGUAGCGACGCAUCGCAUAGAGAGGCACCAGCGUCGAGAUUGAGCAGCGGGCCAAGCGCCGCCGCUCCUACGACCAAGACUAGAGAAGCUGCCAGCGGUCGUACUUCUGCGUCCGCGAUGGCAACUCCGAGAACACCGCAGAGACACGGGAUCAGGGAGUCGACAAAUGCGCAGCGAGGCUCAGCGCUGAAUCCGAAUGCUCGCGCGACCGCAUCCACCACAAGGCAAAGGCCACUGGAGGCAGCUGCAGGUGUUCAAUCUACCUCCAUCCGUCCUCAGCAGGGCACCACUAAAGAUGGUCAAGCAGGUCAGGCAAGAGCCCUUCAUAAGGAACCAACUCACGGUCUUCAGCCACCUGCUGAAUCAUCAAAUGAUAAGGCUGCUUCAGCUCAUGGCUCAGCAGAAUCACCACCCGCCCUUCCGACUCGCGAUUCCUCAGCAGGGCAAGCGAAGAAAGUCCGUGCUCCUGCUCACAUCGAGAAUUCGGACACGCGAGUACGCGAUUGGCUCAGCAGCUCGCGAGAAACGCCUAUCUCAGCCGUUGCCGCUGAAGAGAUUGCCGUUGCUCGUGCCGCUAUUGCAUCCCCGAAGGUCGGCCCUUCAACUUCUAGUCGAACUCUCGCCGACAAAGUCAGCUCACCGCUGCAGCCCCCUCAGUCUCAAGCCCACGCUCCACGAAAACAUUCAGAGUCGACGAGCAAAGCUGCCUUGCAGCGCCGCUCUCACUCGCCGCAGCUGCAGGGAUCCAUUCUCCCGCCUCGUCAAGUCCUUAAUCCCAUCUCUGCUCCUAACUCGCAAGAAGAGCCCGCUCCUCCUCUGGCCGGCGCAAGGGAAAAGGUCAUGUCGCCCCCUUCGGCUCCUCUCCGUCGCUCGAGCAAGACGCCACAACCGCGACCCAGCCAGCGUCCUUCUGGUCCCGCGCAAGGCUGCGCGUCUUCGAGCCAAGAAGUUCUGUGGAGCGAUCCGCCCGCCACAAGCCGCAGCCAGCUCCCCAUCGUCAAGGCCGAGAGCGACGACGAGGCCGAAAGAGAGGUGGCACUCACGCGCGUGCCGACGAGGCGCCGAUCGAUGGAAGAUGAGGGUGACAAGGACGCGGCUAGUAGCGAGGAGCAGCAGGACAUGCGUGCAGGUCGUUCGAGGGAGGAAGAUGCAAGCGCAGAGAAGCUCCUCCGCGAGCGCCGUCGCGCUGAACUCGCUGAGCUCGCCCGCGACCCUACUACAUAUCGACUGCACAGACGUCAGGCGCUAGGGCGAUACGCCUCAGAAUGGUCACCUCGCCAUCUUCCCUCUGCCGUGUCCACCGCGACGACUCCAGCGCGCGGCAACAUCUCCUCCGUCUAUCAGCUCGUUCCCGAGCUCAACGGCGGGCUAGAUCACGAGCACGUCUCCGUCGCGCGUGAUAAGGAGACGAGGAGCAGGAUGCACGCGUACGAUUGUCCGUGCUGUAAGGGUUAUUGGGAUAUCACGCUGAGGCAGGAGGAAGAGAGAGCGGAUGCUACGGCAGCUGGCGAGGGUGAGGCGGAGGCAAAUAAGGCGAAAAAGAGACCAAGACAUUCCGAGCCGUCACGCAAGACGGGCGCCGACGUGUUUGAGGAGAUGAGAGCUCUCGGUCGCGCAGAAGCAGCAGGGAUCGCCUCGACUACCCGCCGCACCACAGGUGACCCCUACGAAGAGAAUCUAGAGCAAACUCGACUAGCGCAGGAGCGUCGCAAGGCCCUGCAGAAAGCCGGCCGCCAUCGUGCGUGGGGUGGUCCUCCUGCUACGCCCGAGGGCUACUGGGAGAUUGGUUUCCCUAGCACGCCGCGGCAGGAGCAGAUCAACGAGGCUGCUGAGAGGGAGAGGGAGAGAAGGUGGAGGGAGGUGGAGGGUGAUCCUAGGUACAGGAAGAGAAGGAGGGCUUGAGUGGGCGGGUCAGCAGAGGUCAGGAGCCUAGCAUAGGCGAUAAUACCAUUGUCUUAAGCGUCAGAGAUCAAGCUGCGAUUAAUCCAUG